GAUCAUCAGCUGGCACCAAGCACCAACCAAGCAAAUGUACCAACACUCCAACACCCUUCUGCACUUUCUCCGCCACGUCUCCUUCCCGCCGGACGCACACCUCCUGCCGUCCGCGCUCAAGUCAUGCCCCGCGCAGCCCCUCGCCCGCGCUCUCCACGCGGCCGCCGCGGUCUCCGGCCUUGCGGAGGAUCCCUUCGUCGCCUCCUCGCUCCUCCACACCUACCUCCGCCUCGGAGCCACCAGCGACGCCCGCGGCGUGUUCGAAAGAAUGCCGGACAAGAGUGUCGUCGGCUGGAGCGCACUCAUCGCCGGGUACUCUGCGCGAGGUGACGCCGAGGCCGCGUGGGGCCUUCUGGGGCGGAUGCGGAGCGCCGGCGUCGAGCCAAAUGUGAUCACCUGGAAUGGACUGAUUUCCGGGCUCAACCGGAGCGGGAGCGCCAUCGAUGCUGCCAAGGCACUCGUGAGAAUGCACGGGGAAGGGUUCUUACCGGACGCCACUAGCGUCUCAUGUGCACUCUCUGCGGUCGGGGAUGUGAAAUUGGUCUCAAUUGGCGAGCAGCUGCACGGAUACGUGGUGAAGACAGGGUGCAGGCUAGAUCAACAUGUGGUCACUGCGCUCAUUGACAUGUACGGCAAGUGUGGGCGUGCCGAUGAGAUUUCUCACGUGUUCCAUGAGUCCAGCCACAUGGAUGUUGCUUCCUGCAACGCUCUCGUCGCUGGGCUCUCUCGGAACGCCCAGGUCUCUGAGGCAUUGCUCUUGUUCAGCGAGUUUGUUAGCCGAGGAGUCGAGUUGAAUGUUGUGUCCUGGACCUCAAUUGUUGCCUGCUGUGUGCAGAAUGGGAAAGAUUUAGAAGCGGUGGAUCUUUUCAGGAAGAUGCAGUCAAAAGGGAUUGAGCCGAAUUCAGUCACGAUACCCUGCGUACUGCCAGCAUUUGCCAAUGUUGCUGCUCUUAUGCAUGGCCGGUCAGCACACUGUUUUUCUCUUAGGAAGGGAUUUCUUCAUGACGUUUACGUUGGCAGUGCGUUGGUGGACAUGUAUGCAAAGUGUGGCAAGGUCAGGGAUGCGAGGACGAUCUUCGAUGCAAUUCCGUCUAAAAACACUGUUUCGUGGAAUGCGAUGAUUGGUGGCUAUGCAAUGCACGGGGAGGCUGCAAAUGCUGUGCAGUUGUUCUGUUUGAUGCAGAAGUGCAAACAGAAGCCUGACCUAGUCACGUUCACCUGUGUCAUUGGUGCCUGUGGCCAAGCUGGCCUGACAGAGGAGGGGCGUCGCUACUUCAAUGAAAUGCAGCAUACUCAUGGCAUUUCCCCUAGGAUGGAGCAUUAUGCAUGUAUGGUUACUCUGUUAGGACGGGCUGGCAAGCUUGAUGAGGCAUACGAUCUCAUAAAUGAGAUGUCAUUUGAGCCAGAUGGUUGUAUUUGGGGGUCCUUGCUGGGCUCCUGCAGGGUUUAUGGAAAUGUGUUCCUGGCCGAAGUUGCAGCAGAAAAACUAUUUGAACUAGAGCCAGAAAAUACCGGCAACUAUGUCCUGCUUUCCAAUAUUUAUGCGUCUAAAAAAAUGUGGGACGGGGUAAACAGAGUGAGGGAUCAGAUGAAGAAUAUGGGAUUGAAGAAAGAAAAGGGUUGCAGUUGGAUAGAGAUCAAGAACAAGGUGCACAUGUUGUUAGCUGGUGACAAUUCACACCCCAUGAUGACUGCAAUAACGGAGAAACUAAAGCAGCUUACCAUUGAGAUGAGCAGGCUGGGCUUUGCACCGAGCACAGAUUUUGUCCUACAUGAUGUGGAAGAACAAGAAAAGGACGAUAUCCUUGCUGUGCACAGUGAAAAGCUGGCUGUUGCAUUGGGCCUCAUAAGCACGAGCCCAGGAACACCUCUCCGGGUGAUAAAGAACCUCCGCAUUUGUGGCGAUUGCCAUGAAGCAAUGAAGUUCAUAUCAUGUUUUGAGGGGAGGGAUAUAUCUGUUAGAGACACUAACAGGUUUCAUCACUUCAAGGAUGGGAAAUGUUCUUGCGGGGAUUACUGGUGAUUUUGCCUGCCUUGACUUACUAUCUGUACAACAACUCGGUGUAUAAGGUGAAUGAGCAUGCCUGUCCCCCUAUCUUAUGGUGGAUAUUGUUUUCAUGAGGUAAUGCAAAAUCACAUAUGAAAAGUAAGAAACAGAAUCCAACAUGCGCACGUGUGUAUUAUAUGCAUAACCCUAUGCAUUUUGUAGUCGUUCAACCUGCAGAUUUCAGAAAUACAUUUGGUGGAGUACUUACAUUGGAGAGACUCAGUUAGAACUUGGAGUUGAUAUUAAUUUUGUAAACGAUUGAAAUGAUUAAAUCCAUGGAAGUGAGACACACCAGCUUUCGGAGGAUGCAUCAAAUAGAAAAUAGGUAUCGUUUACAUGCUUCAA